AUGCUAGGCCUCGCGUGCUUGGAGGAGAACAAGAACUGGAAGUCGCAGCAGAAGUUCAAGUACAUGAAGUUCCUUGAGCAUUUCCGGCUCUUCCAAGAGGGCACUCAGAGCAAGGACGAAGGCAUCGGCAGGUUCCUCUACACCAACCCAACGCCAAGGACCCACGGCGCCGGCACCGUGAUGCAGUUCGGCGGCGGCCUCUGCUUCGUUGUUCUCAAUUCAGAAGAUCAGAUGAUGGAGCGCAAAGACCAGGCAGAGGCCCAACACCCCGCACAGGCGGCGGGGCGCGUGGAGGCGCAGGCGGAGGAGCAGGCGGCGUGGCUGCAGGCGGAGGGGCAGGAGAUGGGGCUGCAGGCGGAGGGGCAGGCGGCGGGGCUGCAGGCGCCAUUUUGCAUCCUCGGGAGGAAGCACUGGGCGGCGCUUGCGAGCGUCUUGGCCAUUGCGACCGCCAUUCGCGUUGAGGAUGAGGAUAUGUUCAGCUUCAAUUCUGCCCGAACAGCAGUGAAGGAGGAGGAGUUCAGCACUCGGACCUUCGACUUCCGUGGCUUCUCUGACACAUUGACCUUCACCUUCGCCAAUGGCAGCAACAGCGUCAUCAGCAGCCCGUUCUUCUCCAUCGCAGGAAAGGCACAGACCAACCCCUGCAAAAUCGUCAUGUACCGCUCGGCUAAGCGGGUGCUCCUUCAACCAGUCCAGGCCGUGCGGGACAACAACAUCAUGAUGGCCAAGGCACAGCUGGUGGAGUACUGCAAGAGCUUUCGCACCAAAUCCGCGGAACUGAAGAAGGUCUGUGAGGACCUGGAGCUCCACACGGAGGCGGGGCGCUGGAAGGCCCUGGGCCAGGCCGCCGAGCCGCAGGCGGAGGAGACGGCCGCCCAUGACGAGGAGGAGAGUGGCAGUUCCUCAACUAGCACUGCGCCCCUGCAAUCGGACGCGGUGCUAACGACAAUCCAAAACGCGGUGCAGAGCUACUCCUGCAUGGUGAACGAGGGCGACACAUUGGCCUCUUCACCAGUGAAGCGUGGCAAGGUCAGGAAGGUCCUGUCCGGGACCUGGAACAUGAUGAAGGGCGCGGUCAGUACGGUCUCCAACGCCGCGAAGGGCGGAGCCGUGAAGCGAAUGGCCCGCCACAUCGCGGGCUACUCGGGGCCCUGCCCCCCGAUCGGCAACAAAUGCAACAACUGGAAGAAGCUUCUGGACAUCGUCAUGGCCGGCAAACCACCUCAGCCAGACUCCUGCGAGACCUUCUUGACGGAGAUGGGCCUCAUGGAGUUGAAAGGCGACCCCAGCCAGCGACUGGGCUCCGUGGACCUCUCCUCCCUGAAGCUGCCGGGGAAGAACCGGACGCUGGUCAUGAGCCAGGUGGGGGGCCUCAAGUUGACAGUUCAGAACGAGAUGUCCCGGGAACUUGUCACCGAGGUGCGCCUGGGCUCGCGGAUCGACGGGGGCUAUGCGGACAUCUCCAACACCUGGGAGGAGUUGACCGGAAACCUCACGAAGCGCAUGCAGCAGUGCCAGGUGGAGAAGGUGGGGGUCUUCAACAUGGGCCUCAAGAAGCGCUGGAACGGGUUCCAGCUGGGCCAGCGCUUUCCCUGGAAGGUGACUUUCCUCAGCAACGCUGCCAUCCAGAUCCAUUCCAAGCACGGGCAUGGCUCGAACUACGGCUACGACCUCCACGGCGACCCCGAGGAGAUGGAGCGGCCUUGCAAGUGGAUGGCCCGCGCUCGCGCGCGGGGCUACCGCCCCCGGCGCCGCCUGAUGCCGGUGGCGGACCUCGACUUCUCCAACUCGGAAAAGACGAAGAUCCAUUUGCCCAAGUCCCUCUAUGAACCCUCCAACGGCACCUCGAUGCUUUGGGUCGACGAGGAGGGCAAGUUCCCGAUCCCAGAGUGGAUUCGCGGCAUGCGGAGGAUGACGAACCUGAACAAGACCUCGACACCAUCCUGGAUGCUGGUCUUCAGUGACGGGCGCGACCUGAACCACUACAAGCAGUACGUGGAGAAGGAUGUGCGCGGGCUUCACGAGGCCAGCGAGUCCAGCCCGGUGCUUGCGGCGCUGCUGAGCCUCGGAUGGACCCCGGACCCUAUCGUGAAGGUGGAGGAAGACCAGUCAGAGAGCGCUCAGCUCUCUGGCGCGAUGGUGAACUCGGUGUUCCCCUACAACAAGCAACUGGCAGGACUGCAGUCCCUCCCCACGAACGGCGGGGAGAACAAGCUCUUCUCCAUCUACGACUACACGGAGUCCUACGCCGAGAGCUGCUUCCAGGUGGAGGCCAUGUCUCUGCCCUCCGCCGACGACGGCGCGUCGGACCUGGGCGGCCAGCUGACGGCCACCAUUGGGCUUUGUACCAACAACUGGGUCAGCUCGGAGCGCAAGAACAUCCCCAGCAGCUCGCAGGUGACACGGCAGGACGUCAUGGCCGAGCUGCGGAGGUACUUCGCGCAGGGCAAGCCCGCGGGCAUGGAGGUGUCGGACACCAUCACCCGGAGCUGCUACAGUGAAGCGGACUGCACAGGCAACACGUGCAUGAUGCCUGGCGAUUGCAAGGAGAACACAGACAGCCCCUGCCCCGUGGGCUACGGCUGCGGCUGCGACACCGCGAAGACCCAGACGAUCUUUAUGGUGGCCGUGGCCGCCUCCGUGCUCAGCGAAGGCACGCGGAACGCGGUGCUGCUGGGCCCCAGCAUGAUCACGGCCUGCCAGGCCUUCGCCACCGCCGGGGCCGCGGCCACGGGAGGUGCGUCCUUGGCCCUGGUGCCGCUGUGCCCUGUGCUGGUGCCCUUGAUGUUCUACGCCAUCGCGCCCUUGGGCUCCGACGUCUUCAUGGCCUUCAUUUUGGCCUCCAUCAUCGGGGGCCUCAACCCCUGCGGCUGUGUCAAGCUGAGCUGUGAGGCGAGUGCCCGCAUCUCCAACCGAGUCUGUCGCCUGGAGCAUCCCCAGGAGAAGGAGAUGAUCAAUGAGUACCACUUCGUCCCCCCACCCAAUGAGAAGUGCGUGCCAACCUUCGCCGGGUGCAAGCUCGACACCUGCGAUGCCUCGGAGACCCAGAGCGAGGUGAUGGGCUGGGUGGACCAGCAGGGCAAGGCCUGGGGCCGCUCCAUCGGCAUCUACAACUGCAAGACAGGAGAGACUUCAAUCAGUCGGACAUCGCGGUGA